GGUAAUAUUCGUUCAGAAAAAAGAAAAUAAUAAUCUGGUUCUCGUAAUUGUAGAUCUAGAUCCAAAAUUCCCGACUGGAUUGAUCUGAAGUCCAGACGUCGCUGCAGAUCAGAGAUCCAAACAAUGGCAUCGGAGACUGUCAAUGGCGGCGAUCAGCAAACUAUCACGAAACCACCUCCACUCCCUUCGCCACUCCGAUUUUCCAAAUUUUUCCAGUCAAAUCUGCGAAUUUUGGUUACUGGAGGGGCUGGAUUCAUUGGCUCUCAUCUUGUAGACAAGUUGAUGGAAAACGAAAAGAAUGAGGUUAUUGUCAUCGAUAACUAUUUCACUGGAUCCAAAGAUAACCUAAAGAAGUGGAUUGGUCAUCCAAGAUUUGAGCUAAUUCGACAUGAUGUUACCGAGACACUGUUGCUGGAAGUUGAUCAGAUCUAUCAUCUUGCUUGUCCUGCUUCUCCAAUUUUUUAUAAAUACAAUCCUGUUAAGACAAUAAAGACAAAUGUUAUUGGCACCUUAAACAUGUUAGGGCUUGCUAAGAGGGUUGGAGCAAGAAUCUUACUGACAUCAACCUCAGAGGUUUACGGAGAUCCAAUUGAGCAUCCUCAAAAGGAAGAAUAUUGGGGCAAUGUUAAUCCCAUAGGAGUAAGGAGUUGCUACGAUGAAGGAAAGCGUGUUGCAGAGACCUUGAUGUUCGACUAUCACAGGCAGCAUGGCUUAGAAAUUCGAAUUGCUAGAAUUUUCAAUACAUAUGGACCACGCAUGAACAUUGAUGAUGGUCGAGUCGUUAGCAACUUCAUUGCUCAGGCAAUUCGGGGUGAGCCACUAACUGUGCAAGCACCGGGAACACAAACCCGUAGCUUCUGCUAUGUUUCUGACAUGGUUGAUGGUCUUAUUCGGCUGAUGGAUGGUGACCACACUGGUCCUAUUAACAUAGGCAACCCAGGCGAGUUCACGAUGAUGGAACUUGCAGAAGCAGUGAAAGAGUUAAUCGAUCCCAAAGUGCCUUUGAAGAUUGUAGAGAACACGCCUGAUGAUCCACGGCAGAGGAAGCCAGACAUCACAAAGGCGAAGGAACUACUGGGAUGGGAGCCCAAGAUCACUCUGCGUGAGGGGCUACCUCUUAUGGAGGAAGAUUUCCGGCAGCGUCUGGGUGUUCCCAAGAAGCAAGCAAACUGAGACCCGUCUCUUUUGAAGAGAAAUUCGACCUGAAUUAAUAAGUAGUGUUUGCAAUGCGUCGGUGAGAAGUAAUUUUAGUAUCGCUGAAGUCAGUUUUUCAUUUCAUGGAUAUUCAUUCUAGUGUGAUCAUUUUGGUUUAUAAUGGGAAGCUCUUUUAUCGAA